GCAGCAUCGCCUUUGCUCUCUCCUUCCCAUGUACGGGUGGGCCUGUGGUCGGAAGGGUUAAAUGGGCAUGAUGUGGGUGCUGCCCCCUUAUAACCAAGAGCAGGAAGGAUGAGGACUUUAUAUUUUUAAAUAUUUUAUGUUUUAUAUAGAUAUUUAAAUAUAAGUACUUGUAUCUCAAGGGCUCCUUUAUGAAACAUUGCUGUAGGCUUUGACCACAACAUCAGCUUUCUGUCGCCUGCUGCUUCCAAGGCAAGUGGCCUGAUGAAUCAUUCAGAACCACAUCCUCUGUGUGAUGUUCUCAUUUGAGGUUGGCUGUAAGCUGCUUGCAUUUUUUUUUUUUCCCAUGCCCGCUGCUCUUAGAAUUGGCUCUGAUUUUUUUUUUUCCUUACCUAGAAGGCGUCAGGUCUUAGAGCUGAGGUAUUGACCGCCGUCGCUCUGCCUGACUCGUUUGGAAAUGGCCUUGCUGGCUGUCACCUGGGCGGGGUGGUGGCUCUGUGGUCCUGCUGAGUAUAGAGGUUCGUGUUGACAUCAUCCACGAGCAUUCCCCUUUCCGUGGCAACAACUGUCCUCUCUCCAGGCUGCUCCUAAAUUCACUUGUUUGUCUACCACCCGUCAGUUUGGUGCGCACCGUGUGUCGGGAACUGAGAGAGUGAUGGUGGGCUGUGAGCACUGCUGAGGGCCCUCUCUGAGCAGGGGGCGUGCAGGGAGAGGCCGCGCGGUGAGGAGGAGCGAGCCGUUGGAGGUCUGGGGCCGGCGUUCCGGGCCUUGCUCACCAGCCCUGCCCUCUUGGUCCCCUGCUGUGCGGAAUGUCCAUGGAGCUCAAGGUCUUCCAGCUAAACGUCCUCCUGUCUUGAACUGUCUUCUGUCCCAUUGCUCCCCUCCCUCCGGGAGCCCUCCGUGCCCUGGCUCUCCAUGCCUUCCAGCUGCCCCUCCUGUCCCCUGUCUGAUUCCCAGAUGUCUCUUUGGGCUUGGCCUCUGCCGCUCCUCAUCCUCGCGCUCUAGCCUGUGCCGGGCAGGUGCGUGGUUGACCGCGGACAUCGGGUGCUGGCAGAGCGAGCGGGCGGGUAGAGAAGUGGCUCCGAGUGCGGCCGCCAGCGGGAGGCCUCUCGAGGGCCCGUGGAGGGACCCGCCGGGCCCGGUGGUCGCGGAUGCCGCUCCCCGGGACCCGCCGCGCGGACUCCCCGCCCCCGCCGUGCGUGUUCACACCGUCUGCUGCCUUGCCUCUGUGCUCCGGGUCCAGCGUCCCAAGCAGGUGCCUCUGACGGGCCAGGCCACGCUCAGGCCUGCGCCUGCCGACCAGGGCGUGAGCACAGAGCAUGUCUGACCUUUGAUUCUGUAACGGGGGGUGGCGUUCUCCAGAGAGAAGAGGGUUUGGUUCCAGCCGGCGUCCACUACUCAGUCAGACAUCGGUAACUGAAAUUGUCCUUCACUGUUUUGAGCACGGCUGUCCGAGAGAGCUUUCUGUGGUGCUAGAAAUGUCCCUCCCACGGUCUGUGCUGUCCUUUUACAAUGGCGGCCGUGAGCCACAUGUGGCUGGUGAGACGGGAAGGGGGCUCUUCACCGUCGUUCAUUCAGGUCUGAGCUGCCCCACGUGGCUCCCAGCUACCGUCUCGGACGCUGUGCCCUGGAGAAGGCUUGUUCCGCUUUAGCCUGACUCCCAGGCCCUGCUGCGUCACCCGUGUCCUGUCGGCUGGGCUGUCCCUGUCCCGCCUGUUUCUCCACUACCUGCUGGAGCCCAGUGGACAGACGCCCCACCUUGAAGGUUUCCCCGCGGAGGGCACGUGCGCCUGCGUCCCGCGCGCCCUCCCCGCCCUCUGCUGCCCUCCUCCUGGGCGAUUUCGCUCAUGUGGUCUCCGGAGUGAUACUGGACUUCGCCUCACUGCCUGUCCUCCUCUGUCACCUUGACCAGCUCGUCCCCCCUCCCACGUCUGAGCUCUGGGGCCCAGGUCCCCAGCCCUGACUGCCCCACUCCCAUCCCGCGUGGCCUGUCAGCAUCAUCUCCACUGGAGGCUUGGCAGGCGCUGCUCUUGGCCGCCCUCUCCCGUCUCCCACGUACCCUGCUUCCUUCUUUGUGCUCUGCAGCCCACCCGUGAGCAGCGUCUGCAUAUCCCUCUGGGACACAGUCACGCUCUGACGGUCCUCAGCGCCUUCCCCUGCCCACCCUGGCCCGGGCCAGCUGGCUUCCCUGCGUCCACCCUGGCUCCCGCACAGUGGCCAGAACGAUCUUGUAAAAUAACGUUCUCAUUUCUUGUGUUUCUCGUCAGAACCCACCAGAGGUUCUCUGAUCUUUGAAGCAAAGUUCAGGGUCUUAACCAUGGCCUAGGAGGGUCCCUAAAAUCCACCUCCUGCUUGUCUUCUGCCCUCACCCCCCAGCUCUGCAGACAUUCAGACCCCCGUCACGGCCCCUCCUCAGCCCCCGUGGCGCCCUCUGUUCCUUCAGCUGUCACCUGGGAGCCCUUUUGUCUGAAACUACAUCCCACCUCCUCCAGUGUUUCUCUGCCCUGGACCCCUGUCCUGUGUCCCUAAUGCGGUCACCGCACGAGAGGAAGCGGUGCGCUGCCCGUCCCUGCCCUUCUGGAAGCAGGCCUGGCACAGUCUCCAGGACACCAUGAAUGCCAUCGUCGCGCUCUGUCACUUCUGCGAGCUCCACGGCCCCCGCACACUCUUCUGCACAGAGGUCCUGCACGCCCCGCUUCCGCAAGGGGCGGGGAGUGGGGACGGCCCCGGCCGGGGCGAGCAGGCUGAGGAGGAGGAGGGCGGCAUCCAGAUGAGCAGCCGCAUCCGCGCCCACAGUCCGGCAGAAGGGGCCAGUGCAGAGUCCAGCAGCCCAGGACCCAAGAAGUCGGACAUGUGCGAGGGCUGCCGGUCACUUGCCGCAGGGCACCCCGGGUACAUCAGCCAUGACAAGGAGACCUCGAUCAAGUACGUCAGUCACCAGCACCCCAACCACCCCCAGCUCUUCAGCAUCGUCCGCCAGGCCUGUGUGCGGAGCCUGAGCUGUGAGGUGUGCCCCGGCCGCGAGGGCCCCAUCUUCUUUGGGGACGAGCAGCACGGCUUUGUGUUCAGCCACACGUUCUUCAUCAAGGACAGCCUGGCCCGGGGCUUCCAGCGCUGGUACAGCAUCAUCGCCAUCAUGAUGGACCGCAUCUACCUCAUCAACUCCUGGCCCUUCCUGCUGGGCAAGAUCCGUGGGAUCAUCGACGAGCUCCAGGGCAAGGCGCUCAAGGUGUUUGAGGCGGAGCAGUUUGGGUGCCCGCAGCGUGCCCAGAGGAUGAACACUGCUUUCACACCGUUCCUGCACCAAAGGAACGGCAACGCUGCCCGCUCGCUGACGUCCUUGACCAACGAUGACGGCUUGUGGGCGUGCCUGCACACCUCCUUCGCCUGGCUCCUGAAGGCGUGCGGCAGCCGGCUGACCGAGAAGCUCCUGGAAGGCGCACCCACUGAGGACACCUUGGUCCAGAUGGAGCAGCUUGCGGACUUGGAAGAGGAAUCAGAAAGCUGGGGCAACUCUGAGGCUGAAGAGGAGGAGAAAGCCCCUGUCUUGCCGGAGGGGGCCGAGGGGCGGGAGCUGACCAAGUGCCCAGCGGAUUCGUCCUUGCUCUCAGACGGCGGACACUGGCAGCCCCGAAAGCUCUCUGUCUUUAAAUCCCUUCGGCACAUGAGGCAGGUCCUGGGUGCCCCAUCUUUCCGCACACUGGCUUGGCACGUCCUCAUGGGGAACCAGGUGAUCUGGAAAAGUAGAGACGCAGACCUUGUCCAUUCAGCCUUUGAAGUUCUUCGGACCAUGCUGCCCGUGGGCUGUGUACGCGUCAUCCCUUACAGCAGCCAGUACGAGGAGGCCUACCGCUGCAACUUCCUGGGGCUCGGGCCCCACGUGCAGAUCCCUCCCCACGUGCUGGCCUCAGGUGCGUGCCGCGUCGCUCUGGGCUGAGCCCCUGCGCGCCAGGGCUCAGGAGUGAGACUGCGUGACUGGACCUCGGCUGUGGGUUUGAGGACGAUGUCUGCUGGCCUCAGGCGGGAAGACCCACGUUGCAGGACCAGCUUUCCCCAUGGCAUUGGCUUCUAGUGUCUGUCUUGAAGAUGGGUGAGGGUUGGGCCGGGCCGCUCACUGGGGUGUGGCUCUCUGUGGGGCGGGUCCCUGUCCUGGGGCCCUCAGGGUGGUUCAGGAGGCCGCUGGACUGAGCCCUCUGCCUCAUGGUCUUCCUUCCUCUUUCUGUUCUCCUGUUUUUAUCUGCCUUAAACCCGUCCCUGAUGCUCAUCAGCUCAGUGGCCUUUGCUCUGCUCCCCUCCGCCCGCAGGACUGACAGGCUUACUGCUCUAGACAGAGAGCCAGGAAGCUGAUCGGCGUCCCUCAUUCUGGGUUUGGGGGGGGGUCAGGAGUCAGCACAUCCCUUUCUGGGUGCACAUCCCUGCAUCUGGCACGUCUAGGGCUCCUCCAGGCACAUCCAUGAGAGCGGUGGGAAGGUUGGUCACAGAGCUGUCACUCUCUCAGCAAGCAGGCUGGGCCAUGAGUCCAAGAGGCAGCGUUCAGAACACAGGCUCUAGUCUCAGAGAUGGGCUUGAUAUUGUUAACCAUCACUAGCCGUGUGACCUUGUGCAAGUCACUGAGCUUCUCUUGAGUCUUUUUUCCCCAUCUGUAAGAUGGGUUAUGUUGUAGCGGGACCACUCUCCCAGGGCUGUUUAACAUUAG